AUGACUCACAUAUUGGAGAUGAACUUGGAAUCGUUCCUACCACCAACCUCAAUCCCCAAGGAAUUGGUGGCCACGCUAAAGGUUCCAGUUGAGUUGCAGCGCUUGCUAGCUUUUAUCUCAAGCCUUCCCUGUAUUCCAUUGUCUAUGGAAGAUAGUCUACCAAACUUAGCUCCGGAUACCCUACCAAUCACUUGUAUGAUAUGGAAUGUACAAGGGGCUGGGAGUGCAAAUUUCAUUAGAUCACUAAAAGAUCUAAUUCGAAUUCAUAGACCGAAUGUUUUGACUCUUGUGGAAACUCAUAUGGGUGGGGAGCAAGCAGUCAAAAUUGCAAAUAUCAUUGGCUAUGAUGGACAUGAAAGGGUCGAUGCCAUGGGUUUUAGUGGCGGAAUUUGGGUGUAUUGGAAAACAGAUAGUGUUACAGUCAUCCCUAUUGUUAAACACAAUCAACACAUUACCAUGGAAUUUUCGAGAGAUGGAGCUAUGCCAUGGUAUUUUUUGGCAAUUUAUGCAAGUCCGGACCCCUUGAAAAGAAAUGAUCUAUGGCAAGAAUUAAAGAAUUUUGCUGAGCAAAAUAAUAAACCAUGGAUGAUUACAGGUGAUUUUAAUGUCACAAGAUUCCCCUCGGAAAGAAAUACCUCUUGCAAAGAAACGGACAGAAGAUCAGCAAUGUUUAACAGUUGGAUUGAUGAGAUGGAGCUCAUUGAGGUGGAGUUCUCAGGGGCAGCCCACACCUGGGCUCGUGGACUCUCAUUGGAAACGAGGCAGAGUAGGAGACUUGAUAGAGCAUUGUGUAAUGAGGAAUGA